UCCAAACCUUCUCGAAGUCGUUACACAGCAACUGCUAUGAAAUCCAUACCGUCUUUGACGGCAGAGGGUGACCCGCUUCGUUCAAUUCGGCGGCCCACGCAAUAAGUAACCCCAAUCUGCUCUCUGAUGAACAUAAGAAUCGCAGGGCCACCAACAAGGCUGAAAACCGUUACGCAUAGGCUCCCCCACUCUGCCUUCUUUGCUGCCGGCCUCUGUUCUUUCCGCUCCGAACCUCCACCCCACUGGGCUGCUGUGCAGCUUCCCGCCGCUGCCCGUGUCAGGUCUUGCCCCAGCAUACCCGGCUGCGCGAAGCCUUUGCUACGGUCAGCCAUCUGUCACCGGAGACUUACGCCUACGACGACGACGACGCCGAGUGUGCGCAGAAUGGCGACCACAGCAGAGGAGCAGGCGAAGUUGGUGGAGACGUCGAAGCGCCUGGCCGCCUAUCAGGCGGUCAAGGAUUACCUCUUGCCCGAGUACACCAGGGUGGGGAUUGGCUCCGGGAGCACCGUCGUCUACGUUGUCGAUGCGAUCGCCGCGCUCGGGCCCGAAGUGACCUCCAAGAUGGUCUUUUACCCGACGGGCUCCCAGUCCGAGGAACUGAUCGAGGCGGCUGGGCUGAACCUGCAAUACAUCAGCAAGCUACCCGCUGGCCAGCAGCUGGAUGUGGCAUUCGACGGCGCCGAUGAGGUGGACGACGACCUGAACCUGAUCAAGGGCGGCGGCGCUUGCUUGUGGCAGGAGAAGAUCGUGGCCACUAGCGCCAAGCGAUUUAUCUGUGUCGCCGACUUCCGCAAACUCUCUCCGCGCCUAGGGACGGCUUGGAAGAAGGGCAUCCCCAUCGAGGUGCUGCCCAUGGCCGCCCCGAGAGUUCUCGACGAGCUCCGGCGAAUGGGUUCCCAGAACCCACGCAUCCGUCCCGGGCUGCCCGGAAAGGCUGGCGCCACCGUCACGGACAAUGGGAUGUGGAUUAUCGACGCGCCGUUUGCGCCCCUCCUGCUCCCCAAAGACACCGAGUCCGGCGGUCAGGCCGGCGACGGGAGCAACGGCUUGUGGGCCGUCGACGUACUUGCGGAUGCGCUGAUCAAGAUCCCCGGCGUGGCCGAGAUCGGCUUGUUUUACGGGAAGAACGGGCUACAGGUUGCCAGCGGCGCGCAGAAACCCGUGGCGGCGUAUUUCGGCAUGGCUGACGGUACCGUCGAGGUCAGGUCUCCGCCAUCUUGAACUGGAAGAGAGUGGCCACAAAGUGGCGAACCACUUGCGGUUCCUAGGUGCUUCAUAACGGCACCGAGGACGGAGAGCUCGUAAACAAUAAACUCGUUUUGAGUAUACGCGCGCGCUGGCUACCAUC